UCUCUCUCUCUCUCUCUCUCUCUCUCUCAUUUGUUAGAGGCAAGAGAUGGAGACGACACUAUUUAACGACGGUGGAGAAGACCCGUGGCUUGCUCCAGACAAGUUCUACCAUGUAAUAUUCUGCUUCACCAUCUCUCUCCUCUUCUCAACUCUCGCGUCUCUCUCCCGCUACUCCUUCCUGCGACGUCACUCCAUCUGGAUCGGAUCUGCGUUCUCACUCGCCGCCGGUGCGGCUAAAGAAGCCGCCGAUCAGUUCGGCUUCUUCCCUUCCGCAGGUGCCUCCGCUAGAGACGCCGUCGCGGACGCCGUUGGAGUUGUUAUCGCGGCUCUGCUUCUCUUCAUUUGGAAAUCUCGAAGAUCACGUCCGGAUCCGGGUCAAACCCGACCCAUCCUGCCCCUUUGAAUGUACUGUAUUAAUAAAGAUUAUUAAAUGAGAUUUGAAUUUUUGAGUUUACAGUUGAGAAAACGAUGUUUACUUUCACUGAAUUCAAGAUUAAAGUGUCACCACCA